CGUGCAGCUUUAGUUGCAGCUUUAGUUGCAGGUGGACCGGUAUGUCGGGAUGGAAGCUGUGCUUUGUUCUGCUGCUGUACCUCCAGGUUUGCUUUAACAUUGAAGUGUAUGAAUAUAAAACCAUCGGGAGAGGACCUGACGUCACUCCCAUCUGCAUCAAUACAACAGAGCAGGUCAUAACGCUCAUAGUGUGUAAGAUCAGAACUAACAGGACUGGAGGAGAGUGUCUUCUGCUGUAUCGAUACGGAGGAGACUUUGAGCAUGAAUGUGACUCCAGGUUCACACUUAAGAUGGAGAAUCAGACCGUGUUUCUCCACCUGACUGGUCUCACACCAGUGGACAGUGGGAACCACACCUGUUGGUGUUCACGUGGUGGUGAGACCGUUACCCUCCAUCUGAAUAUCACUGUGGAAGAUGUUUCAGAGGAAGGAGAGAGAGAGAGCGGCGUGACGUCACACACGUGGGUUCUAAACGCGUUGAUCGCUGCAACAACAGUCAUUUCUAUAACUGCAGUUAUUUUGGGGUUGAUCUACAGGGUACAACGUCACAGAAGACAAACAGCAUCCUUGCGCAAUCCUCAAAACACGGAGCCAGAAUCCAUCGAGCCGUACAGCACCUUCAUGCGGAGGGACAGCGUGCUUUAUUCAACAGUCGGCCCACACGACUGUCCCAACACCAGGAACCAAUCAAACACGUCCCCCACAGAGGACACACGUCCAGAGGCUCUUCUGUAGAGCUCGAGCUCUGCUGCUUCCAUUCCGGGUGAAGUGACACCUUUUGUCCACUAGAUGGCGCACUUCUGCUUUGUGAUGAUUGUUAAACCCAGGGGUCUAA